AUGACUCAGGCAAACAGCACAAUGGUGACUGAAUUUAUCCUGCUGGGAUUUACUAUCAGACAAGACCUGCAGUAUGUCCUGUUCCUUCUGUUUUUCUUUGUCUACGUCACAUCUCUAGUGGGCAAUGUUGGUAUGAUUCUGCUCAUCAAGUUUGACUCCCAUCUUCACACUCCCAUGUACUUUUUCCUCCAAAACUUGGCUUUUGUUGACCUCUGUUACACCUCUGCUAUCACUCCAAAGAUGUUGCAAAACUUCCUGGUGUCCCACAAGUCAAUCUCAUUCUCAGGAUGUCUGAUCCAAUUAUUAGUUUAUGCUACAUUUGCUACUGCCGAUUGUUACCUUCUCGCUGCCAUGGCCCUAGACCGUUAUGUGGCCAUUUGUAACCCCCUGCACUACUCAAUGGUCAUGUCUCAGAGGGCCUGCAUCCAGCUGGUUGUUGGGUCUUAUAUUAUGGGAACCCUGAAUGCUUCCAUCCAUACAGGUUUUACUUUUUCUCUCUUCUUCUGUAAUUCCAAUACUAUCAAUCAUUUUUUCUGCGAUGUGCCCCCACUCUUGGCCCUUUCUUGUUCUAGAAUUAAUAUUAAUGUCAUGUUAUUAAUUGGCUGUGUGGGCUUCAAUCUGAUGAUCACAUUGCUAGUUGUGUUCUUCUCUUAUGUUUACAUACUGUCCGCCAUCUUGAGGAUGCGUUCUGCUACAGGGAAACGCAAGGCCUUCUCCACUUGUGCCUCCCAUCUGACAGCUGUCACAAUUUUCUAUGGGACACUAGUUUAUAUGUAUUUACAGCCUUCUUCCAGUGAGUCUCAGGAGAAUGAUAAAAUAGCCUCUCUGUUUUAUGGCAUCAUCAUCCCCAUGCUAAAUCCUCUGAUCUACAGCCUGAGGAACAAGGAGGUCAAAGAGGCCCUGAAAAUGAUGGGCAAGUCUUGCUUAAUAUGCAAGUUCUGA